CGCGAUCGAAGCGACGCGGCGACGCGACGCGACGCGACGCGAUCUCGCGCGAGGCGAGAUUCGGGCGACGCUCGAGCGCGCGCGACGACGAUACGGACGGUAAUCGCGUCGCAUCGGACGCAUCGCGUCGCGACCUAUCCAUCCGACCGCGGGGCGCGGGCGCGCGGUGACGCGCGCGGCGUUCGACGGGCGCGACGGCGCGCGGGAAACGCGAGAUAAAGGGUGGUUCGCGAUCGCUCGGGGUGAGACGCGCGCUCGGGCGACGGUGAGGCGCGCGCGCGAGGGUCGAGGAGACGGACGCGGGCGACUGGGCGCCGCGACGCCGGACUCGAGACGCGGGACGCGCGAGAGGGACGAUGACGGCGUCGAGAGGCGACAGCGCGAUGAUGGGCGACGAUGAGAUGGCGGCGGGAGCGAUCGGGGCGAUGCAAGGGGCGGCGUUCGCGGCGUUUGCGAAUCCGGUCGAUUUGAGCGCGACCCCGCCGACGCGGGGGUUCGCGGUGGGGAGCGCGCCGGGAUUUUAUCCAGGGGUUGGUGGUGCGUUGGCGGGGGCGUCGGGGAUCGGACGAGGUGGAAAUAUGAUCGCAGGGACGUCACCGAACUUUUUGGCGGGAACGUCGCCGGGAUCGCUCGGGUCGUCGCCGUCGUUUUACGGGUCGUCGCCGACGGCGAUUCCGCAAGUCGUUCGGCCGAAGGCGCCCAUGGACCGCGGGAUCGGGUUUCCGGGAUUGUCUUCCUCGCUUCCGGGUAAGCAUCACAUCGGAUCUCCUAAUAGUGGAUUUAGUGCGUUUAGUCCUCCGAUGAACUUGAAGGACUCGCCGCGAGCGAUGGCGCACUUUUCGUCCUCGCCUCCAGUCAAGUCGGGCGGCGUGCACAAGCCGCCGUCGGGCGCGACGAAGGCGAAGAAGAUGGAGAUCGCCCGAGCUGCGGUCAACGAGGUGACUGCUGCGGCCGUAGCCGUGUCGUCGAUGCCCGGCGCUUCGAUGAGCGCGUCGAUGCCGCUGAACUCGAGCGGUAAACCGCAAAAGAGUGUGUACCGAGGGGUUAGACAACGGCCGUGGGGCAAGUACGCAGCCGAAAUCAGAGACCCCACGCGCGGGUCAAGGCUUUGGUUGGGUACGUUCGAUUCUGCCGAAGAAGCGGCUUUGGCGUACGACGCCGCGGCUCGUGCGAUCCGCGGCGACGCCGCAGUGACGAACUUUGGCAAAGACGUUCCGAUCCCAGCGUCUGUACGAGCGCAGUUGCCUCCGCUUCCGACGCGUCCGGUGCAAGGCAGAGGCGGGACGCCGCGAGACGACAGCGCGUUGUCCGGGCGCAUGUCAAAAUUGUCGACUUCGAAUAAGCCUGCGAAGAACCUUGAAGAAGAGGCCGAGAUGUUACUCAUGCUUCAAGCCGCGGAUAGCGAUACGAAGACGAGCACGCCUGACAAAUCUGAUUCGGUGGAGGACCAAGCCACGGGAAUGGAUCUCGAGGAAGAUAACGGGGCGAGUUCGGUGACCGUUGGCUUGACUUUGCGCGCGCAAAAGUCCAACGCUCCGCCAAGUGCUCCCGCGCCGGCAGCAAGAAUUCAGCAGACCGAUGCAUCUAACGCGAUGAUUUCGGCGUUGAAGGCUUCGACCGUCAGUACGCGUACGCGCCGCGGCGGCGCGUAAAAGCAAGCAUUUAAACGUCCGCGCACCAAAGAGGGCGAGCGAGCCGCGAUAGAAACACAAAAUGU